CUGAAUUUUUCUUGCCAGCAAAAAGAUUCUGAGAUUACUCUUCCAACUUUUCAUUUUUUUUGUUCGACAAACCUAAGAGGAGGAGAAGAAGAAAGCAUCAAAUUCAUCUCUAAAUUCAUAAGAAGUAGAAGACCUCCAAACAAAGAAUGGAUGGGUGCAGAGAGGCAGUCACCUGAAUUUUUGGAAGGAGUUCAAUGCUUUAUCAGGUUCACAAAAGAUACUCUAUGGGCAGAUAGAUUAUUUCUCUGCCCGUGCUCGAAAUGUCUGUUUGCGUAUUCAAUAGGUUUGUUGAUGUUUCGGAUGACUGAAGGAAGUACGACCACUCUUUGUCCGAGGGGAAACAGCCCCCCAUUGAACUGGUCUCCCUCAUCUCCUAGACGCAGCCCCAUAUUGUCUGAAUCAAGUCAUGAUGAACGUAGCUUAGGGAGCCAACCGGAUGGAACUGUAUUAAUCGAUGACUCACACCUUGCUCUUAAUUCACCAGAUAAUGAAAUGAGAACAUUCAUGAAAUUUAUUGAUGAACUUAGCUUAGGGUUUGCAUGAUACUCGAUAAAUUUCAUGAAUGUUCUCAAUUUCAUUAUGUGGUAAUGUUAGAUAUUUGUUAUUGAAAUUCCUAGUUUUGAAGUUGUAUAAUCUGCAAUUUAUUCAUUCCUUGUAAGUUUUGGUCCUUCACAUACAUUCUUUUCCAAAUCACGUAUGAUUGUUCAUUACUUAAGUUAAUAUUGGUUUUUCCAACAGCUCUUAUUUAGAACAUAGUCUCUCAAUGACUAAAUCUCAAAUAGUAAUCAUGUACUUAGCCUGAAGCCUUUGUGUAUAUUUAUCUAUCUGCGUGUUAGCAGCAAAAAUGAUUAUUUGACAUGUAACAGCACACAAGCUGAAGAUGAUUAGAAUUAUGAGCCUGUGGCCCUGUGCUAUACAGCUCAUCUGAGUUGCUGCCUGAAAAUGAGGAUGGAAUCGCUACUCUUUUUUCUAUCUUGAGAAGAUAUUUCGAUGUAAUGUUCUUACUGUGUACUUGCAAAUGUUUUGAGCUUAUUUUGAUCUUUUUCCUAGGUAUAAUGAUGGUAACUUAAGUUACCUAUGGGUUAGGUUUGGAAGUAUUUUUUUUAUGAUAACGAUUUGUACUUCCUGAUGACU